AUGGCACUCAGUGAAGUUUGCGGUUUCCAACAGAAUUUUUUAAAAGGUGAAUUUCAGGCAUUGGAUUGCCCGUUUUCAUCCCAUACUUUGGCCAAUGAUGCAUUCUUCGCAGCUGAACACUUAACUCUUCCUAAAAACUUUGAUCCUGUAGAGAAUCUGAAACAAUUUACAGACGAGAGAAGCCCAGUGAGAAUUCGUUUCAAUCAUGGGACAACAACUCUUGCUUUCAAAUUCCAACAUGGUGUUAUUGUUGCUGUAGAUUCUAGGGCCACAGCUGGACCAUAUAUUGCCUCACAAACUGUGAAGAAAGUCAUUGAGAUCAACCCAUAUCUUUUGGGCACCAUGGCUGGUGGGGCAGCUGAUUGUUCUUAUUGGGAGCGUGUUCUGGCCAGACAGUGCAGGAUUUAUGAACUGAGAAACAAAGAGCGUAUUUCCGUGGCUGCUGCCUCAAAAUUAUUAGCCAACAUUCUCUACAAUUACAAAGGCAUGGGACUUUCAUUGGGCACAAUGAUUUGUGGAUGGGAUAAGCGUGGGCCUGGUCUAUAUUAUGUUGACAGCAAUGGAGAAAGGAUAUCCAAUGAUGUCUUCUCAGUAGGUUCUGGCUCAACCCACGCUUAUGGUGUAUUGGAUACUGGUUAUCGUUAUGAUUUAACUGAUGAGGAAGCUUAUGAUUUAGCCAAGAGAUCCAUUUAUCAUGCAACACACAGAGAUGCAUUCAGUGGUGGGGUUGUUAAUUUGUAUCACAUGAAAGAAACAGGUUGGGUGAAAGUUUCCCAGACUGACGUCUUGGAUCUGCAUUACCAAUAUCAAGGCGAGAAAUCGAAAUGA